AUGAACAAAAUUGUUAUCUUAGCCUUAAUUUUGGCUGCUGCUUAUGGCGCAGUUGUAACUAAUUAAGUUGCAUACUAAUGCAUUAGUGAAGUUUCUGUCCCAGACUAGUUAAAUUUCACAUUUACUUAUGCUGUAUAGUGCAAUAAAUUCCACAAUGGAUUAGUAAAUGCAUCUACCUAAAAAGAUCCUGUUAAUAUUGAUAACUGGAAGUAAUGCUAAUAAACCCUUAAAUCAGUUAAAGGAGUUUCUAAAUCUGAUUUGUCUGGAUUUAUUAAUGCUAUCAAUAAUUGUACUACAUAAGGAAGCGCUUUGUAAUCUGGAGCAUCUACUGUUACAAACUAAGUUGCUGAAUAAUGUAUUGAACACUUGACCAUUCCUGAUGAACUUUCAUUUGCAUUCAACUAUGGUGUUGAUUGUAAUAAAUUCCACAAUGGAUUAGUUAAUGAAUCUACUGCUAACAAACCUGUUAAUGUUUCUAACUGGAAGACUUGUAAGGACAUCUUAGCUGAACAUUUCACUGAUCCUGAAGCUAAAAACUUCUAUAGUGCCAUCGAUUAAUGCGUUUCCUCUGGAAAAACUGCUGAAACUGAAAUGGCUAGUACCAUUACUAAUAAAGUCGCUGAAGCUUGUGUUGAAACUGUUACUGUUCCUAGUGAACUUUCUUUCGCUUUCAAUUAUGGAGUUGAUUGCAACAAGUUCCACAAUAAUUUAGUUAAUGAAUCUACUGCUAACAAACCUGUUAAUGUUUCUAACUGGAAGACUUGUAAGGACAUCUUAGCUGAACAUUUCACUGAUUCUGAAGCUAAAAACUUCUAUAGUGCCAUCGAUUAAUGCGUUUCUACUGGAAAAGCUUCUUUGAAUGAAUAGGCUAGCUCUGUUACAAACUAAGUUGCUGAAUAAUGUAUUGAACACUUGACCAUUCCUGAUGAACUUUAAUUUGCAUUUAACUAUGGUGUUGAUUGUAAUAAAUUCCACAAUGGAUUAGUUAAUGAAUCUACUGCUAACCAAUCUGUUAAUGUUUCUAACUGGAAUACUUGCAAGAAAAUCUUAGCUGAACAUUUCUCUGAUUCUGAAGCUAAAAACUUCUAUAGUGCCAUCGAUUAAUGCGUUUCUACUGGCAAAACCGCUGAAACUGAAAUGGCUAGCACCAUUACUAAUAAAGUCGCUGAAGCUUGUGUUGAAACUGUUACUGUUCCUAGUGAACUUUCUUUCGCAUUCAACUAUGGUGUUGAUUGUAAUAAAUUCCACAAUGGAUUAGUUAAUGAAUCUACUGCUAACAAACCUGUUAAUGUUUCUAACUGGAAGACUUGUAAGGACAUCUUAGCUGAACAUUUUACUGAUUCUGAAGCUAAAAACUUCUAUAGUGCUAUCGAUUAAUGCGUUUCUACUGGAAAAACCGCUGAAACUGAAAUGGCUAGUACCAUUACUAAUAAAGUCGCUGAAGCUUGUGUUGAAACUGUUACUGUUCCUAGUGAACUUUCUUUCGCUUUCAACUAUGGAGUUGAUUGCAACAAGUUCCACAAUGGAUUAGUUAAUGAAUCUACUGCUAACAAACCUGUUAAUGUUUCUAACUGGAAGACUUGUAAGGAUAUCUUGGCUGAACAUUUUACUGAUUCUGAAGCUAAAAACUUCUAUAGUGCCAUCGAUUAGUGUGUUUCUACUGGAAAAGCUUCUUUGAAUGAAUAGGCUAGCUCUGUUACAAACUAAGUUGCUGAAUAAUGUAUUGAACACUUGACCAUUCCUGAUGAACUUUAAUUUGCAUUUAACUAUGGUGUUGAUUGUAAUAAAUUCCACAAUGGAUUAGUUAAUGAGUCUACUGCUAACAAACCUGUUAAUGUUUCUAACUGGAAGACUUGUAAGGAUAUCUUGGCUGAACAUUUUACUGAUUCUGAAGCUAAAAACUUCUAUAGUGCCAUCGAUUAAUGCGUUUCUACUGGAAAAACCGCUGAAACUGAAAUGGCUAGUACCAUUACUAAUAAAGUCGCUGAAGCUUGUGUUGAAACUGUUACUGUUCCUAGUGAACUUUCUUUCGCUUUCAACUAUGGAGUUGAUUGCAACAAGUUCCACAAUAAUUUAGUUAAUGAAUCUACUGCUAACUAACCUGUUAAUGUUUCUAACUGGAAGACUUGUAAGGACAUCUUGGCUGAACAUUUCGAUGAUAAAGACGCUAAAGAGUUUUAUGAAGAUAUAGAUUCUUGUCUUGCUAGUGGAAAAAAGGUAGAAAGAUAUUCAAUUUUGAGAAAAUUCAAAAAUUUCAUUGGUAUUUGA